CUUAAAGACACUUGAGUUAACUGAAAUGCACAGGAAUUACACCCUGUCUGUGAUUGUAUCGUGUCAUGUUGUGUAAUUCAAUAAUUUUAGCAGCGCUAAUCGUGACAGCUUGCCGUCCGCCUACACAAAGCGUAUCUCUUGCUGUCACUAUUAGCCUGUUAGCUCCUAGCUAGCUGGCUGGGCUAGCUGUCAUCGUCGGUGCUGUUCCUGUAGCCUGUAGCCUGUAGCUAACCUUCUCAUAUUGAUAUUCUUCUGUAGCAUGUGAAUGAUUAUGACCACAGACAGCGCGGCUGACGUUACGACAGAUAACCAGGGAGCUGCUCAGCGGGAGAUGAAAAUAACUAGCCAAUUAAAUUUUCAUACUCGGGAGCAUGAAAACGCACGUCUACCUGACUCUUGCUGACCUUCACUGGCGAUUGGCCCCCACAGCCAUCUGUCAACAUGCAAGGAUUCUACUCCAAGCUCGACUCCUCCCCUUCCUCGUCCCCGUUACUGGGGGUGGGCAUGGGGCGAGAGGGUGGUCCCGUGCCCCUCAGCCUGGCGGUGGAGACGGAGAAAGCUCAGGCCCUCCUACAGACGUUCAGCUCCGCCUCCCUGCUGGCGUCCGCAGGACUCGGGAUGUUCUGCGUGGUGGCCGACCACGCCCUUCAGCUGUCGGUCAUCCAGAAUCAUCUGUGGCUGCGCGCUGCCUUGGACAACACCACGCACGGAUUGGUGGGGCUGUGGUCGUGGGCCGUUGUUAUUGGACUGAGGAAAAAGAGCGACCUGUAUGAGGUGCUGCUGGCCGGCCUGCUGGCAUCAAUCAUAGACCUGGACCACUUCUACAUGGCUGGAUCGCUGUCGCUCAAGGCUGCCGUCUCUCUCCCUCAGCGUCCUCCCCUUCACUGCUCCUCUCUCAUCCCCGUCCUCUGCCUCUCGCUCCGCUUCCUCAUGUGGAUCGGACGCCUCAAAGACGCCUGGUGCUCCCUGCCGUGGAUGCUUUUCAUUUCCAUGGCGACGCACCACGUUCGGGAUGCCGUCCGCCACGGCCUGUGGGUGUGUCCCUUCGGCAACACGGCGCCGCUGCCCUACUGGCUGUAUGUCAGCACCACGGCGACGCUUCCUCACCUGUGCUCUGUUCUCAUGUACCUGACGGGAACCAGGGAUGUGAUCUCUACGAAACACGGGGUGGCCAUCGACGUUUAGACGUUAGACGUUAACAGACUCAACGGGGACGUCGGAAGCUGAUCUGUGUUGGGGCAAAAAGUUUUCUGAAACAACUUUAAGAUACUUGAAUUAACUGGAGAAAACAUCUGUGGUACGAUAACAGUGAGAUUUGAUAAAAUAUGAGAAGAGUUGCCUAAAACUCUAAAUUCUUGUCGUGAGAACAGGAGAAUCCUUAUAUGUUGAUGUAAAACAGAAAGUGUGAUUUGUCAAUUGACGUGGGUUUCCAUGGAUGGAGACAGCUGUAAAUUAAUAUAUUAGCUGUUUUUAAAUGAUGAACGUUCCAGUCCGAGUGCCAAUCAUGGAUGUUUUAUUCCCGAUGUUCUGGAGAAGCAUCAGGAUUCUGCCCACUCAUCUCUCUGAUAACUUGUCUUUAAAUGUUUGAGGAGUGACCCUUUAAAGCUUGAUAUAUCGUUCUGCAGAGGCCUGCCUGCUCCGUGUUCAUCCACCCAAACCCCUUACGUCAGACCCGACACUCGACCUCCACCUAUCACACAGGAGUUGAUGUCCUCUCUUGGCCACUAUCACAAUCACGUCCUCGUCCUAAGAACACUCAAGGAAAAGUCAACCAAAGGUCAUCCACUGGCUGAGUGAGGCUGGUACUUUGUUAGCAGCCUCACACUCAUCCAACAGUAUGUUAAAACUUUUAUUCCACUAUGCAUUAAGUCCAUCUGCCGCAGUAAUGAAAUGAAAUGUAUAAUACAUUCAUUGUAGAGUUAGUUUUAAACAGUGUUUGGCCUCCCUGCUGCCUCAGCAGACUCUUAUGUUGCUGCUUGGAUGAACCUUACUGUUCAGUCAAGAUGAACUUUUUUCUUUUUGUAAGACACUUUUUUGCAAAUCCGAGUUUUCAGUAGAAACCCCGUCAGCUGCGGUUAUGGAUCAGGAUAACGUGGCAUUGAUAUUGAUGGAGUCUAGCUGACUGAAGAACGGCAGCAGAACUGUGCCUACAGCAGGGCGACAGUGUGCGAGUCACAAGCAGUUGGAAUGAUCACUUUUGCAUCACAGUUUCAUUCUGCCUGAAACGAGUACUGAAAUUGUGAUGAUGUGACACUUGUUUGGGUCUCAAACAAACAAACCAACUAACAAACAUCUUUUCUCACAUCUGGAAUAAGAUUCCCAACCAUCUCUGCAGCUGUACAGAAUUUCUGUAUGAUGCUGUUUGUGACCUUAGUCAAAGAAAUUGCAGCUUCUUGUGAUUUGAAUAUUACACGUAUUAUUCGUACUAUUAUCAUUAUUAUUAUUAUUAUUAUUAUUAUUAUUAUUAUUAUUAUUAUUAUUAUUAUUAUUAUUAUUAUUAUUAUUAACAUAUUGUGAUUCUGAUUGUAGUUAAUCCUGCUUUAACUGUUAAGGUUUGGAUGAGCUGCUCAGACACAGAUAAUCCAAAACACCAGGUCCGUUGUUUAAAGGGAAAAAAGGCUCUGCGAGUGUGUGUGAAUCAACGUGGACAGAGAGAAGUAUUCCACCUUUAACUGUCCGUGUACAGUUCAUAUUGUUUUAUGUGUUGUUUUUAUUUUAUUCCUGCUGAUGUACAAAAUAUAGAAACCUGCUUUUAUUUUUUACAGUUGCACACAGUAAACGUUUUAAAGAUUCACGUGAACAGAUUUGGAUUUAGAUGAUGCAUCAGAAGCAAAUGAAAUGAAAUGAUGAGAUGAUUUUGUAUUUUUUAAACGUCAGUGAUGUGUCCCAAGUGACCUUUUCUGUUUUACACCAAACAUGGAAAGGAUAAAGGAAGUAGUAAGAUGCUGGAUUCUUCUUCCUGUUUUUCUUAAACAAACUCAAGGGAAUGACAUGUUCAAUACUGUGUCCAUCUUCAUAUGAACAGAAAUAUAAUCCGGAGAAAAUGUAAUUGCUACAUUGAACUCGUUGUACAUUUGAUCCACUGUAUUUUUCUUUAUGAGCUGUUUGUUCAUCCACUAAGACACAGAACGUUGAAACUCCUCAGUGGGAGGAGGAAGUCACCUCACUGCUGUUGGUGUAGAUGGAUCACACACAUUUAUUCCAUAACUGUAUCAUAUUGGAACUGAUGCCUAAUAACAUGUUGUAAGAGUGGAUAGUGGAUUUUUAAUAGGUUUUUAGGAACAUAUGAUAGUAAUCUGAAUGUAAUUAACAUGGUUUGAGAAUAAGAAGGAUGGUGGUGAUGGACAGGAACAGCUGGGACACACUUUGGUUUAAGAAUAUCUGCUAAAACAAACACAUUAUUUAAAUCUGAGUUUUUAUAAGUGUAUGUCUUUGGAAGCUGCAGAUGGUGAAGGCUGUAAUGAUGCCUGUUGUCCACUAGGUGGCUGCAGUGAGCUGUGGGGAUUCACUGUCCAACAAUUGCACAGUGUGCUGUAGAAAAAGAAAAAAAAGGUCCUAGUACAAAUAACUUUAAUUCUGUAUUUUAUUUGUUUAAAUGUCUGUGUGUUGCUGCUAUUGCACUAUGAUUUGUGUUUUAUAUAUUCAGAAAAUCUCUCUGAAGGUGCAGAGAACAGAUUGAAAGUGCCGCGCCACAACAGGAAGUGAAUUUGAAAUAAGUGUCUGCGGUCCCCUUUGAGUUGAGCUGCUUAUGUUUACAUUGUGACCUUCAUCAAUGCAAUAUUAUGUUGGAUUUUGCACAUUUUAAGUUAUUUUCCAUUCACAUUGAUUUUUGUUAACAUUUUUUUUAUUAUUUAAAUAGAAGUCAGAUAGUAAGGAGAUUUUAAUGUUGUGUUCCUUUUUAUCUCAAUAAAAUAUAUCCUGUACAUA